CGUCCCGCGAAGCGAGCGCGUCCCUCGGUCGUCGCGUGCGGGCCUGGAGUAGAGGUGCGCUAUGGAGGGCGGCGGCGGCGGCGGCGGCGGAUCCGCACGCGGGGCAGGUGGCCGCGAGAGGAAGAAGGGCAAGAGCCCCGAGGAGCCCGCGGCGGUGACCAUGGCGGGAGAUCCCGGCGGCGGCGGCGGCGGCGGCGGAGGGAAGUCCCGGAAAUUCAAUCUGAAGCGGGUGAUGGCUGAUGAGCUCGAGAGAUUCACCAGUAUGAGGAUAAAGAAGGAAAAAGAAAAACCCAAUGCGGCUCAUAGGAAUUCCUCUGCUUCUUAUUCAGAUGUUUCUGGCUCAGGUCAGAUGCUGCAGGAAAUCUCAGAUGAGGAUGUGCUGGGCCUCUUUGAGCAGAUGCUGGUGGAUAUGAAUCUAAAUGAAGAAAAGCAGCAGCCUCUAAGAGAGAAGGACAUUAGCAUCAAGAGGGAGAUGGUCUCCCAGUACCUGCAUACUUCCAAAGCUGGCAUGAGCCAAAAGGAGAGUUCCAAAUCACCUAUGAUGAACAUCCAAGAACUGAAAUCUGGUCUCAGAGAUGCACAACUCUUAAAUUGUUUGGAGUCUCUUCGUGUGUCACUCAACAAUAAUCCUGUCAGCUGGGUACAAACCUUUGGAGCUGAGGGCCUCAGCUGCCUGCUGGACAUACUGAAAGGUCUUCAUGAUGAGAAGGAUGAAGCUUCUGGGCCAUAUGACACCCGGAUCAAACAUGAAAUCAUUAGGUGCUUAAAAGCUUUCAUGAACAAUAAGUUUGGAAUUAAGACAAUGCUCGAAACUGAGGAGGGGAUCCUGCUUUUGGCAAGGGCAGUUGACCCCAAAGUCCCUUCCAUGAUGAUUGAUGCUAUCAAGCUGCUUUCUGCCCUCUGCAUUCUGCCUCAGCCUGUGGAUAUGCAUGAGCAAGUUCUGGGGGCACUGACAGAGCGAGCAGAAAUGGAUGAAGUGGAACGAUUUAAACCCAUCUUGGAUGGCCUGAAGAGUGGCACCUCCGUGGCAUUGAAGGUAGCCUGUCUGCAGUUAAUCAAUGCUCUAAUCAUUCCAGCGGAUGAACUUGACUUCAGAGUUCACAUCCGCAGCGAGCUGAUGCGUUCUGGACUGCAGCAGAUCCUCAAGGAGCUGCAUGCUCAAGACAAUGAGGAGCUGAAGGUGCAGCUGCUGGUAUUUGAAGAAUAUGGUGAAGAAGAUUCUGCAGAUCUCAGAGGUCGCUUGGAGGACGUUCGCAUAGAAAUGGAUGACUUCAGUGAAGUCUUCCAGAUUCUCCUCAAUACAGUAAAGGACUCUAAGGCGGAGCAGCAUUUUCUCUCUAUUUUGCAGCAUCUCCUGCUAAUCCGCAAUGACUAUGAGGCCAGGCCUCAGUAUUUUAAGCUGAUAGAUGAGUGCAUUUCACAGAUAGUCCUGCACAAGAAUGGGACUGAUCCAGACUUUAAGUGCAGACACCUUGACUUGAAUGUUGAGGGACUAAUAGAUAACCUGAUAGAUCAAACUAAGGUGGCAAAAAGUGAAGCUAAAGCCGUGGAACUGGAGAAAAAGCUGGAUUCUGAGUUGACUGCACGCCAUGAGCUGCAAGUUGAAAUGAAAAAGAAGGAGUCUGAUCUUGAGCAAAAAAUCCAAGAUUUACUUCGAGAGAAAGAAACACUGGAAACUGAUAAACAGCAGAUCAACUCAGAGAAACAAAGUUUGGAAACUGCUAGUUCCCAGCUAAAUGAUGAGAUUGCUAUACUGACAAAGGAACUUGAAGAUAUUAAGAAGAAACUGGAGCAUGUCACUUCUUCAUCUACACCACAGCAACCAGCUCUUUUAACUCCCCCUUUACCACCAGAACUUCCUGGAGCAGAAGGAGUGCCUCCUCCCCCUCCUCCUCCCCCACCUCUUCCUGGGAUGGUUCCUCCCCCUCCCCCUCUUCCUGGGAUGGUAGCGGUGGCUCCUCCCCCACCGCCUCUUCCUGGAAUGGCAGGAGUGGCUCCUCCCCCUCCUCCCCCACCGCCUCUUCCUGGAAUGGCAGGAGUGGCUCCUCCCCCUCCUCCCCCCCCACCUCUUCCUGGGAUGGCAGGGAUGGCUUCUCCCCUUCCUCCCCCACCGCCUCUUCCUGGGAUGGCAGGGAUGCCACCUCCCCCACCGCCUCUUCCUGGGAUGGCAGGGAUGCCACCUCCUCCACCACCUCUUCCUGGGAUGGCAGGGAUGCCGCCUCCACCACCACCUCUUCCUGGGAUGGCAGGGAUGCCGCCUCCACCACCACCUCUUCCUGGGAUGGCAGGGAUGCCGCCUCCACCACCACCUCUUCUUGGGGUGCCACCUCCUCCCAUGCCACCUGGAUUUGGGGCAAUGGCAGCUGCAGCUCCAGUUCUUCCAUUUGGAUUGACUCCAAAGAAGCUGUAUAAACCAGAAGUUCAGCUGCGGAGAACUAACUGGUCCAAGAUCACAGCUCAGGAACUGUCUGAAGAUUGUUUCUGGGUGAAAGCUAAGGAGGAUCGCUUUGAGAACGACGAACUCUUUGCCAAACUGACGCUUACUUUCUCUACUGCACAGGCCAAAUCAAAAAAACAGCAGGAUAAUGGAGAGGAGAAGGGCCAGCCAAAGAAGAGAGUCAAGGAGCUGAGAGUGUUGGAUUCAAAGAAUGCACAGAAUCUUUCGAUAUUUUUGGGCUCUUUCCGCAUGCCUUACGAGGAAAUCAAGAAUGCCAUCCUGGAGGUAAAUGAAGCUGUGUUGACUGAGUCCAUGGUGCAGAACCUGAUUAAGUUAAUGCCAGAACCAGACAAAUUGAAGAUGAUAGCAGAACUGAAAGAAGAAUAUGGUGAACUAGCAGAGCCUGAGCAAUUUGGAGUUGUGAUUAGUUCAGUUUCCCGUCUGAUGUCCCGCCUCAGUGCCAUCCUCUUCAAGCUACAGUUUAAUGAGCAGGUGGAAAACAUUAAGCCAGAGAUAGUUUCUGUGACAGCGGCCUGCGAGGAAGUCCGCAAGAGCGAGAACUUCUCCAACCUGCUUGCAAUCAUCCUAUUGGUGGGCAAUUACAUGAAUGCUGGCUCCAUGAAUGCUGGCGCCUUUGGUUUCAACAUCAGUUUCCUCUGCAAGCUCCGAGAUACAAAGUCAGCUGAUCAGAAGUUGACGUUGCUGCACUUCUUGGCUGGUACGUGUGAGCUGCAGCACCCUGAAGUGCUGAAGUUUCCUGAUGAACUUAUCCAUGUGGAGAAGGCUUGUCAAGUUUCUGCUGAGAAUUUACGGAAAAGUCUGGACCUAAUGAAGAAACAGAUUUCAGAUGUGAAGCGUGAUAUUGACAAUUUCCCCAGCACUACAGAAGAGAAGGAUAAAUUUGUAGAGAAAAUGAACAGCUUUGUUAAGGAAGCCCAAGAGCAAUAUGAGAAGCUGCGGAUGAUGCACUCAAACAUGGAAAACCUCUACAAGGAAUUAGGACAAUACUUCCUGUUUGACCCCAAUAAAAUGUCCAUUGAGGAGUUCUUCACUAACCUGAGCAACUUCAGAAGCAUGUUUGUGCAAGCUGUAAAGGAGAACCAGAAGCGGCGUGAGACAGAGGAGAAAAUGCGCAGAGCUAAACUAGCCAAAGAAAAGGCAGAGAAGGAACGGAAAGAGAAGCUGGAGAAGAGAGAGCAACUGAUUGAUAUGAACGCAGAGGGUGAUGAAACGGGAGUUAUGGACAGUUUACUAGAGGCCUUGCAGUCAGGAGCAGCCUUCCGUAGGAAAAGAGGACCACGCCAAGCAAACAGAAAAGUUGGCUGUGCUGUCACCUCAUUGCUAGCCUCGGAGUUGACUAGGGAAGAUGCCCUAGGUGGAAGCAAGCCAAGCAAAGCGCUAAAGAAGGAUGAGGCUGGAGAAGCCCCUGCUGGGGAAGUUCCCGAUGAAACCACAAAGGAGGCAAGGAGUCGUCAGAACUAGAGCUGAGUGCCAGGCUAGGACUAAAGCCUUUGGCUUGAGAUACAUUUUACAGAGGAAUCAAAACAUCACUGAGUCACUUUGCAAUCUUUUUUAUUAUUAUUUUAUUUUCCAUGGGCAUGGUAUGAAGAGACGAUCAUAUAAUGACUUCUGCCUUACCCUCCCUAGGGCUCUUUUGCAACAUCUUUGAGCCUUCUGUUAUCCUAUACAUCUCACCUUGAAUCUGCCUUCUGCCUUUUCAGAAUCAAAGCUACAAAGCUUUUUGCUGAGCAUGCACCACGCUUGGAGCAAAGGUGAGAGAUGCUGCGGCAUUAAUUUCCUCACCUGCAGGCAGGGUGGGGAGUACUAUCUUAAGAGGGGAAAUUACGUGGGGGGGGGGCUGUAAGCCAGAGCCCUGGCCUGUCCACGUAUCUCUCUGCACAGAUGUUGCCAAAGCUGGAAUGCAACAAACUGCCUUGACCAGGACACUUGCAUUUUGGCAGCCUGGCCCAUCGGCACGUCCCCAGGGCCCCUCCCUUUUCUCAAAAGACGACCCUCAGCAGUGCUGGAGGUCACAGCUUGUCCCCUCUGCACUGUUCCAUAGGAGGAGACUUAUCGGGCAUCUCAGCUGGAUUUGCGUUUCCUCAGCUACUGUGCUGUGCAGCAUCUCCGUUUCUCACUUGCUGCCUAAUGUCCCUUGGAUCACUGUCAUUGUGGCAGCAGGACUCUGCCCUGGCAAGAUGGAGAAUCUUCUCCUUCCUUGCGCUUUGCAUUGAAAUGAUUUUGCUGCUCUGCUGUGCUGCUAUUUCUCUCUUUUUAUGUGAGCUCUUCCUGCUGGUGUCAAAGUGAUAAUAAUGGUGACCUUUUGAGAAAAGAGGAGUGUGGGUGGUUGUUUGGUAACUAGCCAUAGGGGUAGCAUGCAGUGCCAGCCUCUGCAUGCUUUUGAGCCAAGAGGAACAAAGCUUGUGGUUCAGCAUUGCUCAGUCUUGGGAAGGAUUCCUACCCUCCCCACGUCUGAGAAAAAGUGCUUGAUGAAGCCCCAAAGGAAUGAUUCCAGGGGUGGGUGGGGUGGGGGUGUUCUCUGCGGUAUACCUUGUGCAGGAUGCGCUACUGGAAGAAUCUGUACCUUUAGUGUUUUGUGGCAAAAUCCCUUGUGUAACUGUAAGCACAAGGUUUGGAAGCUGCUGCUUUGGCCUCAAGAAAGUGAAGGCCUGCUUGUUUGGGCGGCUGUCGUGCCAUGCAGAUCAACAUAUCUUAACCUCCAUGUAAUAGCAGAAGAGGGGUGGAAUCACCCAAAAUGAAAGAUCAGUUUGCAAAUGUAUCUAUUUUUCUAUCAGAUUUUGUUUUUAAAAGGAAAUUUAGUGGGUAAAAUUAAAAUAUCUGAAAUAUAUGCAUGUUCCUGAAGUCGCUUCCUUGACUGUUGCACCGUCCCUCACUCAGGGGCUAGGGAGAGGCAAGCCAUCCCCCAUCCCCCAAUAAGCAUUCUCUCCUAAGAGGGAUUUGGACCGCCUUGCAGCACUUCAUGAGACACCUUACUAGAAGCUUCUCAAGUCACAGAAGACCUGAAACCUCACCAUCAGUUACGUGGACUCUAGCAACAGAAUCCCUGUCUCAUGUCCAUUAUCUGCACCCUAUUCAAAUUCUUUGGCGCCUUUCAUGUACGAAAGUCCAGCACUAAUACCUGUUGAGAUUAAUAUACACAUGUUAGAAUGUCCAAUACUGGCUGUUCUCAAAAUUUACAUGGUAAUGCUGACGAUCUCAAAUGAUUGUUGUGAAUGUCUGAAAAAUCACAAGAUACACCAAUGGGUGCUGACAGUUACUUAAAUGCGACUGUCAGCAUUCACAUGUCUAUAUCCAAAAAACUAGAGAAAUGUGUAUCUAGUUUUUGACAUUUGUGCAAUUAAUCUGGGAUUGUUUUGAACUUUCAAGUUAACAUUUUAAAUAUCAUACAUGUGUAAAAGCCUCAAAUGUCUUGAUUACAAGAUGCAUAUGUCAGAGGAAUGCAAAGCAGGGGAAGUGGGGACCUAUUUCUGCAGGCCCACCCCCACUGCUCUUCUGAGCUGCAUCCUCCCUCCCCCCAACCCCCGGCCCCAGAGUGGUGAAGCAUCCAUGCAACUAGUUUGGCAUGCUCAAGAGAGGAUUUGGACUUGAUUUUCUAGAACAUCAUCCCCUUUAUAUGAGUUUUGAAACUGAAAGGAAUUCUUCCAAAGCAAUUUGCAGUAAUGCAUAGAAGACCCUUUUAUUCAAAAAAGAACGCCAAUCUAACAAGGCUAAUGGAAAGUUUUGAGUUGCUAACUCUUUGGAUCCUAUGCAGAGCCAUUAAAGCCCUGUCGCAGUGAGGCUAAAGAAAACUGACAAAGAAGAACUUCCCCUGCCAUCAUUUCACCAACAUUGCGGGAAGUCAGUGCCUUUCACCCCCUUCCUCUUGCUGCCCAUUAUGUUUGAAAUUUCCAAGACUUGGUCCCAAAAAUCUGAGACCUUCCUCUUGCUGAAGAACAUGGUGCUGAGGAGAGAAGGUGCCCUCCUUUGUUUGCCAUAUUCCAGGCUGUUCAGUACAAAGAAGCAGGCUGAGGGUAGGACAAUGCCUUCUGCUCUGGGACUAUUAAUAAGAUAAGUAAUCCUCUUAAAAAUAUAUCUCCUCCUUCCUACAUUGUCGUAAAUUAUCGUUCCGUACCAGGAUGAGAAACCUUUUUCAGUCCAAGGACUACGUUGGUUUCUCUAUAACCUUCCAGGGGCCACAAGCCAGCAGUCAGUGUGGCCAAAAUCGAAAGUGAGCAUGGCCAAAGCUACAUUCCAUAUCUCCUCCUUGUCUCUCCCUCCUCUUCUCUCUCAUUUUUAUCUCCACUUUUCUCCCUUUUUCUCACCUUAUCUCUCCUUUCUCACCACAUAUAUACACACAUGCAGCUCUCUCUCUCUCUCUCUCUCUCUCACACACACACACACACACACACUGUAUUUCCUCUCUGUGUACUAAGAAUGGGAUGCCCCUUCCUCAGUGCACAGAGAGGAAUCCGUGAGCUGGCACUCCAGGAUUGUUCUCUUCCUGUAUCAGCUUGCUGGGUUUCCUCUAUGAAUGGAGUCUAUGCAAACCACCUAAAGAAACUGUCACAUGACAGCAUGCAUUUUAAUGCCUAUAAUGCCAGUUAAGUUUCAUGACUGCCAUAUUGCCAUCUUAUUGAUAAAUGUGGAAAUCUUACUGAAAAUGAAGAAUGGGAAAUAGUUCGGCACAUUCCAAUGGUGCCGUUUAGCAAUGCUGAGUCCUGUUCAAGUCAAAUGGGAAUUGCAUAGAAAGAAGAGGAAAGCAAAGGAAUCUCCCAUUGGCACUAAGCAGUUGCUAAAUGAUUGUGUUGGAGGAGAAGAAAUACAUGACUGUGACAAUUCAUUUCAAGCAAUAUUCCUGCUUUCCUCAUUGCAAAUGAUUACAAAUUGGUUAGCCAUCCUAAUAACAUGUGGCCUACUUUAAGGAAUAGUUGUGGCCCCUACCCGUUUCUAGACUCAGUGGGGGCAAAUGCCAAUCUUCCUCCCUCCCUAUGUUGUUCCUAAAUUUAUUUUCCAAUUUCUUUGCUAGAAGGCAAUUGCUACUUUCACUACUAUAGAAAAAUAUAUAAGGCUGUAUUUGGCUCAGGAAAACUGGAUUGCUGCAUUAGAUUUUUGACUGAAAGCUUACCAGGUGAGGGAAGGUUUGUCCUCCACCAAAUGUCUCCCACAUGCAGCCACCAAAAUAAAGAGCUACAGGCUCUCAUACUGAAGAGAGAAGCAACUGCAUUUGAAGCUGAUGUGUGUGAGAGGAAUCUGGGGCUGGAGGCCUUUUCCUUCAUCGAUGCAAUGAGUGAGAAGACAGCAGCAUCGAAACUUCUACAGAAGAAAACUUUUGGCAUUAGCAGAGAUCGACCUAGCAGGAUGCAGGUACAGGCUAGGAGAACUCUGCCUCUCCUUUGCAUUGCCCUCUUCCUUUAUCUGCAAUAGGAUAAAAAUAGACAGGUGGGAUUGUGACCAAGGCCCAGGGUUUUAUUCAUGUCGGCAUCAACCAGUCGCUUAUACUGACCUGGCAUGAGAGCUUCAUCCUUCAGUAGGGGUAGCUGGGAAGGGCUUAGGUCUCCUUCCAGGCUUUGUUUCAAUGCGUGCAGAGCCCUCUGGCUAGACCUGCCAUCUCUACACGUAAAAUCUUGGGACUUCGAUGGGCAUCUGCUCUACAUCAGUCUAACCGCCAUCCCACAGUUUACCCACUGGAGUCUUCCCUGCUCCUUUUCAAAGGGUUGGGAGCUAAAAGGUUGCCUGUUCUAAGGAUGCUCAGGAAAAAACAAAGCAAUAGGAUGCAUCCCAGCAUGGAGGGGUGAUUUUGUUUGCUGCUGACCAUUUCUUGAUGAGGACUGGGUGAAGUGUUUUCUGUAUCACAGAUCCGAAAGUGCAUCUAGGCCCUUUCAGGCCAUCGAGGUGGACGGGUGCUAGGUCACUCUCAAACUUCCCUCUCCCCCAAGCCAACAGUCUGCCACUGGGAACUUUGAAAUUUUUUAAAUUGUAGUUUUGUUACAUUUCAUAAGAGCAAAAGUUAUAAUUCAUAGUGUAUUAGUUCCUUUCUCUCAAAGCAAAGUUGUGACACUGGGGUCUUUGCAACUUUUAUUUUAAUGGAAUUUUGUUAAGUUAUAUUUCAUAAGAGUAAAAAUUAUCAUUGAUAGUGUAUCAGUUGUUUUUUGCGGGAUGUAAUCAUAUCUAAUUAUUUCGUUCAAAAAUGACAAUUAAAAAUUAUUUGCUUUCCUGCAUCCUUUUCAUUUUAGUUCAUAAUAUGGCAGAGCCAUUUUCCAAUAUAAUUCUAGGGAAGAAGGACCCCCAAAUAUCCAUUGAACAUGUGAACACAGAAAGUACAUUUAUAUUAGGGCUGUUCAGGCAAAUUCUCUCAUUUAUCCAGCCACAUGAGCUUAGUCCUGCUGGCAACGCACUUGGUGGGCAGGAACCUACUGUUUGCAUAUUUGGUGAAUGUGAGAAGAGGCCGAAUUUACAUAAUGAGGUAUGUGUGGAGAGCUGCUCCCUCCUCCGAUCCCGAGUAGCCCAGAAUACCACCUCACCUGGGCCCUGUGCAUGUUGCUAGAGGUGUGGUUACCAGAGGCGACCCGGCUCUCCUGCUCAGUGUAUGUGAGUUGUUUGUUUAUUCAUUUAUUACAUUUAUAUACCGCCCCAUAGCCAAAGCUACAAACUAUCUUAUUGAGCCAGUCUAUAGGUCCAUCUAUAUACCAGGGUGGGAUGGGACCAAAGCCAAAAGUAUACAUACACAUAAGCACAAACCUCCUUACGUGCCUUUAUCCACUUUGGAUGCCAUUUUUGGUAGAAAGACAAGGUAUAAAUCAAAUAAAUAAUGUCCUCAUGCUGGAUGAGCAGCAGGGAAGAGUGGGCCAGCAUCUCAGUGGUCUUCCCCCCUGCUCAGCUGUUUCCCAAUCUCACAUACUUCGCGGAUUGGGAGACAGCCAAGCCAUGGCAAAGAGGAAGCAAUUCCUUUGGACACUUUUCCUUCUAGGUGCUCCUAUACCAUUGGAGGGGGCGGGUCUUGACCAGUGCCUUGGUGGGUCAGAUGGGGAAGCUUUGCAGGCUUGAGGUUUCCCAUCAGGUUCUCAGGCAGAGGUCUUUUCCCCAGGACAUACUAAAACAAUUAACAGUACUUGCCCAUAGGCAAACGAAGGAUAGUACUUGCCCAUAGAGAAACCAUACUUGCCCAUAGGGAAACAUAGGAUAGCAUUUGCCCAUAGGGAAACUAUACCUCCCCAUAGGAAAAUCAUACUUGCCCAUAGG